UGAACUGGUUGGACCUGUUCACCCGACCCCCGUGUCGCACUCUCAGCCCCGUACAGCGCCGUUACUGUUCCUCUUUUUUUCUUGCUUGCCCUUUAACGUCACGAGGCCCCGCCUGCCGGAACGUGACGUUCCGUAGCCACGCCCCCACUACGCGUCACUGGCCCUUGACUGUGCUUGCUAGGUGCCGCCCGGUGUCUCCCGGUGUGUCGCCCCCGGCCGGUGCUUCACCAUGGCGGCCAGCGCCAAACGGAAGCAGGAGGAAAAGCACCUGAAACUGCUCCGGGAGAUGACCAGCCUCCCGCACAACCGCAAGUGCUUCGACUGCGACCAGCGCGGCCCGACCUACGCCAAUAUGACGGCGGGGGCCUUCGUGUGCACGUCCUGCUCCGGCAUCCUGCGCGGUUUGAACCCACCUCACCGAGUGAAGUCAAUCUCUAUGACCACAUUUACACAGCAAGAAAUAGAAUUCCUUCAGAAGCACGGCAAUGACGUGUGUAAACAAAUUUGGCUAGGAUUAUUUGACGAUAGGUCUUCUGCUAUCCCAGACUUUAGAGAUCCGCAAAAAGUUAAAGAAUUUCUACAGGAAAAAUAUGAGAAGAAGCGAUGGUAUGUUCCUCCAGAACAGGCCAGGGUGGUAGCCUCUGUUCAUGCCUCUAUAUCUGGGUCCUCUGCAAGUAGUGCCAGUAGUACACCAGAAGUAAAACCAUUAAAAACUCUAUUGGGGGAAACUGCACCUGCUCUUCAGCUAAACAAGGGGACUCCUAGCCAGUACUGGAUUUACAACACAGGAGCCUGUAGGCACAGGAUGUCUGGCGCCUUAGACUCCGUCCAACGUGUAGGCCACAUCUUAGGUCAUUCUCCUGUUGUGGCUCGCAACCAGGUGCCCCCACAGCAGCUUCAGCACCAUCACCACCAUCAAGAGAAGAAACAGUUUAACCUCCUGGAUGACCUCGGAGCGGACAUCUUUGCCACCCCUGCACCCCAGCCAGCUGCUACGGCUAACUUUGCCAACUUUGCAAACUUUAACAGUCACACAGCUCACAAUUCUGCCAAUGCAGACUUUGCAAACUUUGAUGCAUUUGGACAUUCUAGUGGCGCCAGUAGUUUUGGAGCGUUCCCCCCAUCAAGUCAGACACCCACCCAGCCUUUAAAUACAGCGUUCAGAACGCUCUCUACCAGCUGCAGUUUUGGUGACUUUACGUCUGCUUUCUCUCUGCAGACCUCUUACCGUGCAAAUGCAAACUUUGCUCAGUUCGACAACUUUCCCAAGUCCUCCAGUGCUGACUUUGGGGCCUUUAAUUCAACUGGAGCUAGUAAAACGUCUGCUGUUAGUAAACCAAGUCAGCCUUCAGCAGAUAAAUAUGCAGCUCUUGCAGACUUAGACAAUAUCUUCAGCGGUGUGCAAGGUGGCAGCACACAAGGGAGUAACUAUGGUGGUUCAGCUGUGUCUUCUGCUCCUGUCCCGGCUGCUCCAGCCCCAACAGAUAACAAUGUUUUUGGGAUCCCAGCUGCAGUCCCAGCAGCACACACACACCAAGCUCAGUCAGUCGCAGGAGCGUUUGGAGCCCCUGCCUCAACAAACCCCUUUGUUUCUGCUUCCGUUGCACCUGCUGUGAACCCGUUCCAGACAAAUGGGCGCGCGCCUCCAGGAGUCCGUGAUGGUCACACGACCGAGAUGGACUACUCGGGUGCCCCAUUUCACCCAUACCACCAGACCAGACUACCGACAGCUGCCGGAGCAAUGGAUGUCUCUUCUUUUGGAACAGCCUCACUAAGCAUGCCCGCUGGGUUCGGGACAUCGGCUUCGUACAGUCUUCCUACCAGCUAUAGUGGCACUUUCCAUCAGCCUGCAUUCCCCCCUCAGACGGCCUUCCCCCAACAGACUGCAUACUCACAGCAGCCUAAUGGUAAUAUUCAAGGAGCUGGUUUUGGUGUGUUCGCUCCAGCAAAGUCAGUGGUUACUCCAUUUGGACAGGUUGCAGCUCCUGCAGUCUCUAGUAAUCCUUUCAUGGCCGGGGCACCCUCGGGACAGUUUCCAGCAGGAAGUUCAUCGACAAAUCCUUUCUUAUAGCCUUAGACUAACACAGGAGCUUACCAGGCAUCACCGUACAUGUACUGCCUCUUGCACUGUUUGUCUUGUUUAACCAGCGUAAGCUUUAAACACAGGGAGUUCUUUCAGAGCCUGCAAUUAUAUUUUUUUUGUAUUUAAACAAAAAAAGGAAGAAAAACAAGGUAAUAUGUGCAAUUGGGAAGCCUUUUCUUUUUCAUUUAGUCCACUGGCUGCCUAGAGGAUAACUAUCAAGACUUUAGGCAGCCAUGGGGUAAUUGAAGGCGUAUCAUGUAUAUUAAAUUUGGUAAGUUAUUGCAGAAUCCAUAUUCAUUUAAGCUGCAGUACUGUAUAUAUUUUUUCUUCUUAGGGACUAGGUAAUUAUUCAUAUCAGUAUUUCUAACUCAUAACACUUUAUGCUAUGUGAAAGAGCAAACAGGUGGGUCUAAGGGUCCACCAUGUAACUGAAAAAGACUCAACAUUUUUUAGCAAUCUGGCUUGAAAGGGAUGUGUUCAAUGUUAAAUGAUGAAAAAUAUAAAAAUUUUAUUCACUUAGGGGUUUAUCUACACAUACAGUAUCAUGUGCAUAUUUGAUGCACACAAUACUGUACCUGUGAAUACACCCUAAAGUUGGAAACAAAUCAAUGCCACAAACUUUUUAUUUGCCCAAUAAAGCUGUCCAUUUCUAUACACCUAAAAUCUCCACACUGAAGACUCAUUUCUGCAUAAUAAAGCUAAUAAUGUUUUGCUACAGUUUGCAGGUGAAAAAAUAUUAAAAUGUUAGAAAAAUU